UGUGUCGCUGCAGGAGUGCUUUGCUCAGGCCUGACCGGGCUCCUCCACACACACACACACACACACACACAGCACGGCUCAGCUCCAGCAGCCGGACGGUCUGUUCGCGGAAACUGACGGCUGGUGUGGCUGCCACAACCAUGGCUGCUGGACUGCAACUCCCCAGUAUGUUCCUGGUUUGCUUGUUGAGCCUUCAGGCCAGCGACUCCUCUGCUUUUCCACGAGUCAGCAGCUCUGGGUAUACUGAGACGAGGCAGGGCCUAAGCAAGAAGCCACAAGAGGGAUAUGGCUUUGGGAAUCGUCGGCCUCUCCACUACAUCCAGACUCUCCGGCAGUCCCACGAAGACACACAGGCCCAGGUCCCUGAUCAGCAUCAGGCUCGGUCUGAUGGUACCACCGACUGGUCCCAGAGUUACACUCAACCCAGUCAGCACAGACAAGAGCUGGCUCCUCAUCAUUUCCCCCAACGUAGUCCCACUCUCUCAAGCCAUCCCUGGCCCAAACCCAGAGGUUUUGCGUUCAAUAUCAAGGUUCCUCUUGCCAAAACCCCAAACAAAAAACAUGUAACAGGUGGAGGCACCAAAGACACAGACUUGGCCAGCGGUUUCCAGUCCACGUACAGGCCGACUAGUGUUCAGAUUCACAGCAGUUUUAACAAGCUGCCUAGUUCUGCUGGUUCUUCUCCUAAAGGUUCUGCAAGUGACCUAAAUGGAGCACAAAGUACCCAUGACACCUCCAAACCACACUUUCAACUGAGCUUCUCUGUUCCUAUUCCGCCAUCUUCCACAUCUAAAAAACCCUCCAGUGGCAAAGGUUUGGUUUUGCCGAAAAUCAACAUGGACCAAACAGUGCUAGCAGGGUUCAGAGCAGCUACCUGGAGCAAGAACAAAGAGGAAGUGGUCCUGCCCAGAGCGGAUUUCCCCCUAGCUCUGGUUUUCAUGUGCAUGAAGGAGAACAGAGGCCCAAAAUUCCCACAGAUCACACACCACCAGUUAAAUUUAUCAGUGAGCAAAUCAGUCAUGGACUUUCCAAACCAGCACAUCGAAGGCCAAAAAGGACAAAGUGUAUCGCCUGACCCUCUAAUUGUUGGUGACAGCCCGCCACAUUAUCCGGAUGUCCCAAGUGCGUACCAUCAAACUCAGAUGCAACUCCCCACCCAUUACACCGGGAAAGAGCCAUUUGACGGAAAACACCCAUUUACCAAACUUGUGAUUGAAGCUGAACCAGAAAUGAAUAACUUUCAUCACAGCCCUCAACCAGAUGGACAGCAUACUGAAUUUGGCAGAUUAGUUCCGUCCACCUACCUAAGCCACCAACUUGAAUCUCACUUGUUCGGCUACAGCUCUAAUAGUGGAGACCAUGAGGACGGCCAAUACGAAAAUUACCCUCAAAAGCAAGCGGACACUGAGCAAACAUGGUAUUCUUAUCCUAUGCCUGAACAGACCAACCUUGCCUCUUACACAGGAACAUAUGCCAGCUCUGUGCCCACAUAUUUUGAUCAAACCCAACAAGGGAAGACGUCAGAACCAACCUUUAAACCUAUGCCCGAUUAUUUUGGUACUUCUCAAUAUGGGCAAUAUCCUAACAGCUAUUUGCAAGAAGAGCAGCAUGCAUCUAAUUAUGGCCAGACCAUUGAAAAUCUAUAUGGAUAUAAUCCUCUUUUUCAGCAAGGACCAAGCAGCUUCAACCCAGCAGAGGGUCUGACUGUCGGGCAUAGAGCUCCAGCGAAUGCUCCCCAAAUCACCAAAUAUCCUUCAUCUGUAGCCCAGUCCUCCACCCAGGAACCUGCAUUCGAACUAAAUAUAGCCGUGCCUAUUGACAUCAGCUCAAGUAAAAACACUGAUACACCCCCUCCUCAGUCCCAUUCUCAUUUUCUUGCAUCCAGCACAGAACUUCACCAGCACAAUACAUCCAGAAAUGGGGAUUUCAUCCCGAUUAGCCACCCGGGCAAUGCAACACUGCAAGCGUCACAAUAUACAUUGCCAACAAAACCCUUAUCCCCGCAACCUCAACAACAGUCUCAGAGUGUCAGUGAAGUACACCCACCUCACUCUGCCCACAGCUCCUCCAGUAACAGUUAUCCUUUCCAGUUUGGCAGCCCCAUCAGUCUGAAGCCCUUUGUCUCAGAUUACUCAGUGGUUCCACCAUCUGGCCAACAUUUCCAGCAGGCUGCCGGCACGACAAAGCCACUUCAGUCUCUCCAGCCCAGCUACCAAGACAGCACCUCACACAGUGGUGGUUUUGCACAAGUUACCAGCCCACUCAAUCCAGGGACCCAAACCUCCCACUCUCCUGCGUCGAUUGGGGGUGGUUAUAGUUAUGGUGGCGGGUUUGCAUUUGGUUCUCUGCAGAGCGGACACAUGCCCAGCUCCCAUUCCAUACCUGUCGGUGGUGAGCACAGUCUAACACACCAGUACACACACCAUGGACAUGGCACUGUGGACAGUGGAGGCUACAAGCCUAGCUCUGGUCCAAAACAAUCCAUGGCUCAAGAUGUUUUUAACCAUGGGUACAAACCGAGUACCUGGUGAACCCUUGGCUGAGAGAUGGACCCCUCCUGAGACACAUGCUGCAGUCAUAAACUGGGAUUGAGGAAUCAACAAAUGGUUCCAUGGAAUAGAGUUGUGCAGUGUACGGAGGAGUAAUGCAGAAAUCUUGUUAUCUAAUAAAGAGUCCAAGGUCCAA